AAAUAACCGCACACAGAGUCUGUGACCUGACACAGUAAAACCGAAACGUUCUGGAGGUUUGUAACAGCUUCAGUCGACAAUGAGUCUGUUACCUCGCACUGCUGAAGAGUUCAGCUCCGCGGAGUACUGGGAGAGGUUCUUCAAGAAGCGAGGAGAGAAGGCUUUCGAGUGGUAUGGAGACUACAACAAACUCUGCGGCGUCCUGCACAAAUACAUCAAGGUGCAAGAUCAGGUGCACCACACUGUCAGGUCUGCAUCAUCAUCUGAUCUUCAAAAUCACAAGCAGCUUUUGGCAUCAAGUGUUGGUGGUUGGUUGUGGUAACUCUGAACUGAGUGAGCAGCUGUAUGAUGUUGGCUACAAACAUCUGACUAAUAUUGACAUCAGUGAGACAGUGGUGACUCACAUGAACCAGCGCAAUGUGGAGCGCCGGCCAGGACUGACCUUCCAGCAGGUCGAUGCUACACAAACUCCAUACCAGGAUGCCUGCUACCAGGCAGCUCUGGAUAAAGGGACGCUGGAUGCCAUGGCCUCUGAAGAGGAAGGAGCUCUGGCCAGGAACAUGCUCACUGAGGUGGGCCGUGUGCUUAGUGUCGGGGGCCGGUAUGUCUGUGUGACGUUGGCUCAAGAGAGUGUGAUCAAGUUGGCUGUGGAGCACUUUGUGCAGCUGGGUUGGGCUGUAAGGCUCCACUGCCUACAGGAGGAAAGUGGAAAAGAAGAGGACUCAUUUUCUCUGCCUGUCUUUGUUCUGGUCUGCACCAAGUUUCGCCAGCCUAUGCCCGCACCCAUUCUAGAGAUGUGUCUCGGGGAGGAUGGAGCCUCAAGGCGUCUCACACAGGUCUCAGAAUUGUUGUCAUCUGUGAGGGAGCAUCAGGCCUACUCUGUCUUGAGAAAGAAGCUCCGCACGGGCACAGACGCCUGCUCGAAUCCGUCACUCAAUCUCUGCCACGCCAAAACUGGCCUUCCCAGAUACACUCUCACAGUGCAAGAUUGCUCCCCAGGAGCCAAGGUGCCAAGAUCAAACCACUUUGGUAUAUUUAUAGUGCCUCAAGGCAGCGAGACAGCUUGGCUCUACAGUUCCAGCGAGGGGCGAAAACAGCUGGCAGCCAGUGCUAACUUUCGACGCCUGGUUAUUGUGGCAUUGCACAGAAAUCAGGAGUUCACAGACAUGCAGGCUGUCCAGUCGGAACUCUCCCCAAUGGUGAUGGACCUGGCUCCUCCGGGUAUGCCAGCCAACCAGCAGGUGCCUUUUCUGUCAGUGGGAGGUGACCUGGGCUGGCGAGAGGAGGUCAGCAGGGGUGUGAGCAAGCUGAGCGGAGAGUAUUGUGUCGAGAAUGUCAAAGGAGAAGAUGGAGAAUUGUAUCGUCGACUUGUUUUCCUGUCUAAUGCUGCCCUCGUCCAAUCAGAGAGCCGUCUCGUUUCCUCAAAUACCACCUCAAGUCACAAGAAGAAGAGCAAAAAGAAGAGCAAACCAGCAGCUCCACCAACAACGUCCUCUUCCUCUCUGUCAGUGGACAGUGGCUUCCUCUGCUGUGCUCAUCAUGAAGUCAUGGUGGCUGGCCUUGCCAUGCUCGGGCUGGGCACGCCAGAGAGCAAAGACAUCCCAGUGUCAGUGCUGCUGGUGGGACUCGGUGGAGGAGGUCUGCCCCAGUUUCUGCGGGACUUUGUGCCUGGUAUUACUGUUGAGGUUGUGGAAUUGGAUGCUGUUGUGCUGGAAGUGGCAAAGGAGUGGUUCGGAUUUGAACCGGACGAUCGUUUGACUGUCACACUUGGGGACGGCCUUGAACGCAUCUCUGCCCUGGAUAAGGAAGGUGGUUGUUUGUUUGACGUCAUCAUGUUCGAUGUAGACAAUAAAGACAGCACUGUUGGUAUGAGCUGUCCCCCUGCUGCUUUUGUGGAAACCUCCAUGCUGCAGAAAGUCUGCAGCCUGUUAACCCCCAGAGGCAUCUUCAUGCUGAAUCUUGUGUGUCGUGACUCGUCCUUGAGGCAGAGCGUGCUGCAGCGCGUAAGCGCCGUGUUCCCCAGCGUCCUCUCCAGAAAGAUUGAAGGGGAGGUCAACGAAGUCCUCCUGUGCUCCCGUGAAGAAAAGGGAACGUCGGACGCAGCCCGCGUCCUUCCGUCCCUGAACCAGGCUGCCAAGAAUCUGCAGCGCGCGCUGCGCUCCGACAGGACUGGAACCCACCGCAGCCCACAUAUAGACAUUGUGGAGCUGUUAAAAGACCUGAAAGUAGAGUGAAGUCUUUUUGGGGAUGGGCGUGUGUCGAGACUAUUUGAGACAACAUGGUGAAGAUAGUGAAACAUGAGAACUUGAUGAUGAGAACUGACUCUGCCACAGUGCAAUGUUAUGAAAAGUGAUAUGAUGUGUGACAUGCAAUCCCAAAGUAAAGAAGGUUUUUUAUCUUAAAUCCUUAUGUGGUGCUUCUACAGAAGAAUAAAUCAGCAGUUGGUCAAAACCA